AUUUGAUUACAAAAUCUGCAUUUUCUUAAAAAAAAAAAAAAAGAAUGUCUAGCAAAGUCUGAGGAAAUGUGGGGGAACAAUGUGAGAUUGAUAUCGGUGUUAUUGGGCGCUGCAAAUUUAUUGGUGGCUGUUUUGGGCGCGGUUUUGUUGUUCGUUGCAUAUUCAUCAUCAUGCAACGGCCGCCGCCGCCGGCGGAUUUUGCCGUUCCUGUUGACGUCCAUAUUUGCUACUCUAAGAAUCCUAACGAUUUUCAAAAUCGCGAAUGGGCAAGAAGCCAUCACAAAGUCCAUCCUUGAUUCUCCGGCCACCACCGAUGCUGUUGAUAUUGUUGUUCGUCGUGACAGACGGAUCAAGUAUAAACAAUGGCUUUGGUGGACUCGGUUCGCAAUUGUAGUUACACUGUUACAAUUUGUUGCUGCCACUUACCUUAUAUUCAUGGUGGCUAAAUUUGUUUCUCGUGAUGAAACUUCAAACCAAUGUGUUUUAGGACUGGCUCCUAGCAGUGAUGGGUGGAAGCAAAAAACAAUGGCUUUAUUCAUGAUCCUGACAUGUUUUGUAGCACUUGUGCAGUGCUUCACAGGAUCUGAUGUUUUAACGUGGAGAUCUUUUUAUAAAAGUCAAGACAAUGCAUGGAAAGCUCACUAUUAUGAGGUAUUUGAUCAUGGAAUUCGUGAGGCUUUGUGUUGCCUGGGACGAUAUGAAUAUUUGAGUGUGUUAGAGGAAGAUGAAGUGCAUUCUGUAGCACGAUUACUAGGUGAACUGGUUACUUACCGCGCGACAGGCACUGGACAUUUGGAGCUUUUGACAGGAAGAGGAGGAGAGGACAUAGUGGGGAAGUGGGGUCUAGCUUUAUUGCAGAAACAUAACCAAUCUCCCAAAUCCUAUGAAGGAUUCGUAGAGGCCCCUAUAAAGCACCUGCAAGCAGCUAUUACUCUUCAUAAAUUUGCUGAAGCAGCCUACACGGGUCCUUUACUUGAUCUUGGAAGAAAUCUGUUUUUGUUUCCUUGCACAUGGCUCUAUAGGCAGGGCAUUUUUACUCCAUGGACUCGUAACAGGAGACCCAUUCUUACUGGUGAUAACUGGUGGCGGGGUCAUGCAGCAGCCUUCUUAAAAUUCAUUAACUUAUCCCCAGAAGUACUUCGACGAGGUCGUGUUUGUCAGAAAAGAUGUGAAGCUGCGUACUUCAUUGUGGUUUUACAUCAUAUCAGAUCUGUAGUGAUAGCUGUACGAGGAACUGAGACUCCAGAAGAUCUCAUAACUGAUGGUUUAGGCAAGGAAUCUCCACUGUCUUUCAAAGAUUUGGAUGGGAUAAUAAAUAGCAAUCAUAUAAACCCUGAAAUUAGGCACCAUGUGGAGUCAUCCUUUCCACACUAUGGCCACUCUGGUGUAAUUGAGGCUGCAAGAGAUCUUUAUGAGCAAGUUGAAGGAAAUUCUGAACAUGAUUCUGAAUCAAUCGGCUUCCUAUCUUCCUUGCUGGGUGCUGGUUGUGAGUGUGAAGGUUAUGAUGUCUGCAUAGUAGGGCAUUCUCUUGGAGGUGCAAUUGCUGCAUUGCUAGGAUUAAGACUAUACAGCAAACUUCCAAAUUUACAUGUCUAUUCUUUUGGACCCCUUCCUUGUGUGGAUUCAGUUGUAGCAGAUGCGUGUUCACAAUUUGUAACAAGCAUUAUACACGACAAUGAGUUUUCUGCCCGCCUUUCAGUUGGAUCCAUAAUGCGACUUCGUGCUGAUUUAAUCACAGCAAUCUCAGAAGACACUAAAACAGAUAGAACCUUGAUUUUCAAACUUGCACAGCGAUUUUUUUAUGUUAGCCAAACCCAGCCAACUCAAACAACUAAUCUUAGAAUAGAGAAUUCAGCAGAACGUCAUUUUGAAAGUAGCAAUAAUGAAGAUUUAGGUCAUGACUCCCAUAGAGGGGGGCCGGGGAGAGAUCAAGAAUUUUCACUUUGGAACAGGAUUGGUAGCAGAGAAAAUGAUAUCAAAAUUGAUGAUGAUGAUUGUACUAAUCCAUUUGCAUCUCAUCAUGCAAAUCAAAAAGAUGAUCCAGUGUCUCAGUUCAUGGACAUUGUCCCUAAUUCUGAAAAUCAACCAAUAUCAGAUCCUCAUGAGAUGUUCUUACCAGGUCUUGUGAUCCACUUGGUACCAGAAAGAAGGAACUUCGGCAUGUUAUCUUGCCAAGGCAAGCAGAGUUAUAAAGCUUUUAUAGUAGACAGAGAAUGCUUCAAAGAUAUGGUAGUUUCAACAUCAAUGUUCCUUGAUCAUCUUCCUUGGAGAUGUCACCAAGCCAUGAAAAAGGUUUUGGAAGCUCGAAACUCAGAAGCUUUAGAUGAUGUAUCCCAAAUGGCUUGACUUAUACUGCUACUUAAGCUUCCCUACUUAGGUGAUGGGUUCUUCUUCAUCUUCAUAUAUGAAAUACGUGUAUACUUUUUUUUUCAUUGCUAUCCAAUCUAAAGAUAUUCCAAAAUGAAUAACUCUUCCAUGCAUCAACACUCCAAUAAAAGGGAAUUUUUUUU